AUGGGCCUUGACUUGGGUUGGGCUUCCUCUAAUUCAAAGGAAGACAACAUCUUCUGUUGGAAAGGAGCAAUAAAAGGAAGCAUAGAGACUGUGUUUGAAGGAACUGAGUACAGACUCUCACUCUCUUUCUCCAAUGACUAUCCUUUCAAGCCUCCAAAGAUCAAGUUCCAGACUACUUGCUUCCACCCCAAUGAUGAUGUCUAUGGCAAUAUCUGCUUGGACAUUCUUCAGAAUAAAUGGUCAUCUGCUUAUGAUGUGAGGACAAUACUACUAUCAAUCCAGAGUCUUCUGGGAGAACCGAACAUCAGCUCACCAUUGAACACUCAAGCAGCUCAGCUCUGGAGCAACCAAGAAGAGUAUAGGAAGAUGGUUAAGAAGCCUCCCACCAGUGCAUAGGGCUGGGCAUCAUUACUCGUUACUCGCCUUAAACUCGCUACUUGACUCGUAC